CUGGGGUGGGGGGAGAGGGUGUCACUCCUGACUCCAUGGCUAAGUUAGCAGAAGUCUGCUGGCAGCGCUCGGAAGGGGAAGUGUUGAAGCGGGCUUUUCUGCAGUGCAGGGCUGUAAUUUGCUGAAGGAGGCAAAGAACAUCCUUCGAUCUAAGUAGGGCUUUUAGUGUGCUCAUUGAUGAGUGAAAGUCGCCACACAUGUCAAGCUAAAGGCAGUUGUUGGGUUACUAACAGGACACAACGUCUUGCAAACAUAUGCGUUAAGCUGUGUAUACAGAUGGCAGGGAGAAUAAUGGAGCAGGCGCCUCUUAUAAAGCUCUAGCUGCUGCCUGUCUUCAGACCUGGGAAAUGAAACUAUUCAGACUCAGGGCCAGAUAGCGCCUGGGAUUGUUUGUUACCGUUUUAAUCCUAUUAAUUAAAACGUUAACCUGAUUGGGUAGAAAGCUCUGUCCCAACAGGCGAGUCUUCUUCAUAAUAACCUACUCUCAGAGAUAAUGAUGUAAAAGACUCCCCCGUCUGCGGCGGCUGCUGGUUGAUGGGUCCGGAAAUCUCUUGAAGGUGAAUCCAAGCAAGAUAAACGGUGGAAGCGGCUCCGCUGGCAGCGCACAAUGCCCCAGCGCGGCGCCUGCUGAGGGCGAGCCGGAGCCGCAGCCGCAGCCGCAGCCGGAGCCGCAGCCGGAGCCGCAGCCCGAGCCGGAGCCGGAGCCCGAGCCGCCGCCGCCGGAGCCGCAGCCCGAGCCGCCGCCGCCGGAGCCGGAGCAGGGGCAGCCGCGGCGCCGGGCACCGCGCAGCCCCGGCGGGAGCCGGGAGGCGAUUUCUGCCAGCGGGACGCCGGGGAGCCGCCUGCCGCGGCGCGGAGCCUUGGAGGAGCGGGCCGGGAGCUGAGGGGGGCGGAGGAGGCGGAGGCGGAGGCGAGCGGGGCGCCGAUGGAGCGGGCGCUGGGGCUGCCCGCAGAAGAGGACCUCUUCCACAAGAGCCUCGCCGCCUCGGCCAAGCGCAUGGAGUCCGCCUUCCGCUCGCCCCCGGGGCUCGACCUCUCCCACCCCCGCGACCGCCAGCCCUCGCCGCUCGCCUGCUACGAGGCGGCGGAGCCCGAGGCGCUGCUGCAGCCCGGCGUCGGCGGCGACCCGCUGGCGCUGCCGCCGGGCUCCGUCUGCGUCAAGUACGGCGAGAGCGCCAGCCGCAGCUCGGUGGCCGAGAGCAGCGGCGGCGAGCAGAGCCCCGACGACGACAGCGACGGCCGCUGCGAGCUAGUGCUGCGCGGCGCCGGGGGGGACCCGCGCGUCGCCUCGCCGGCGGCGGGCGGCGGCGGUGGGGGGGGGGGCGGGGGGCUGAAGGCGACCGAGGGCGGCUGCUCCAACAGCCACGGGCACGGCGGCAGCAAGAAGUCCAAGGAGCAGAAGGCGCUGCGCCUCAACAUCAACGCGCGGGAGCGGCGGCGGAUGCACGACCUGAACGACGCGCUGGACGAGCUGCGGGCGGUCAUCCCCUACGCGCACAGCCCCUCGGUGCGGAAGCUCUCCAAGAUCGCCACGCUCCUCCUGGCCAAGAACUACAUCCUGAUGCAGGCGCAGGCCCUGGAGGAGAUGCGGCGCCUGGUGGCUUAUCUCAACCAGGGCCAGGCCAUCUCGGCCGCCUCCCUGCCCAGCUCCGCCGCGGCGGCGGCGGCGGCGGCGGCGGCGGCGCUGCACCCCGCCCUCGGCGCCUACGAGCAGGCGGCCGGCUACCCCUUCAGCGCCGGGCUGCCCCCUGCCACCUCCUGCCCGGAGAAAUGUGCCAUUUUCAACAGCGUCUCCUCCAGCCUCUGCAAACAGUGCACGGAGAAGCCUUAAGCGCCGCCGUUGCCGCCCCCCCCCGCCGCCGCGGCACCGGGGAGCGGCGACAGGCGGCGGCCCGGCCCCGGGCCUGGGGGCGCGGGGGCGCCGGAGGGACUGACCGCUGCCCGGCCCCCGCCGCCCGCCGGCCGGCCUC